UUCAUGAUGGCUAUGAGGUGGCCUGUUUCAACCUGAGUGAUUAGUUACAAAAUAAUCAAUCAAUAGUUAUGGGGGACAAAAGGGACGACGAAAAAAAGGAAGAAGAUGACCGCUUGGAAUUUCUCUUGCAAUAUUUAAUACGAUCAUGUAAAAUAAAACAGGAUAAAUGGGCGAAGAUGACAGCGAAUGAAGAUCUCAAAGAACUCAUCAUGAGGUUCUUUAACACUCCCACUCUAAAAAUCUUGGUGCUCCAAGUUUCAUCGUCCGGUGCUCUGAUACCCUAUCUGGCAAUCCAACCAGGGAGUAAAGUGAAAUCUUCAUAUUUCAUCAAAAGAGUUCCAGUUGAAGUAACCGAAAAAAACUAUCGAGAUGUUUUAAUUAUGGGCGAUAUGUCACCUAAGCCUAUCGAAGAAUUGGCUGUUUUAGUUGAAGAGGUUUACGUUCCAAUAUUGUCUAAUAUAAAUAACCAUACUGGAUGGCCAGUUAUAGUCGGUGAAGAUGUUAAAAAACAUGUGUACAAUCUACGAAGUUUAAUUUGUCAGGCUCGUGGAAAAAUGACCGGUCAAAUGUUGUUACCUAUGCCGAUGGGGAUAGAGCGUAUUUUUGAAGCAGAAUGGCUAGUUCAACAGACUGCUGGAGAACAAGUUGAUCUACAAUUAAAAAGUGCCAUAGAAGGCAUUGUCAUAAAAUGGGCGACUCAAAUAAACGACAUCCUCAGCGAAGAAGGCACUCUUGCUUUCAACAAUAAUAACCACCCGCUUCCUUACGCUGAGAUCGAUUUCUGGAAUUUAAGAUUAAAAAAUUUAGAAUCUAUAUACGAUCAAAUGAGAGAUCCCCGGGUAAAAAAGAUGGCUUCGUUAUUAGAAUUAACUGAGAGCCCUUAUUUGCCGUGUUUCAGAGAAAUGUUUAAAAAUGUGGUGGCUGCUGUGACAGAAGCCCGUGAUAUUUGUAUAUACUUAAAGCCACUGCAGACUUACUUUGAUCAAAUUGAGAGUUUGGAUUUCAGCGAUACAGAGUCCCAAUUGAAACCCUUGCUCCACUGUAUAUGUUUAACCUGGGCUAGCUCUCGGUAUUAUUGUACCACUACCCGUAUAAUUACACUAUUAACUGAAGUUUCAAAUUUGCUCAUAGCUGGGGCGAGUAGAUCGAUGGACCCCUCGUCCCUUUUUCAAGGAGAUAUAGACGAUAAUUUGGCAAAACUAGUCCGCACCGUUCAGAUAAUUGAAAAUUACGUAGAGAUGUUCGAGAUUUUUCGUGAUAGGAUCGAAGGCUAUUUCAAACCACCGGCUGAACCUAUUUUGUGGACGUUUCAUCAGAAACUUAUUUUCGGAAGGUUGUUUGCUUUUACAGCACGCCUCAAAGAAAUCAAGGUGCUGUUUGAAAUAGCUCAAGAAUAUUUAAAACUGGAAAGAGUGGAGAUAGCUGGUUUGAAGGGAAAAUUGUUAUGUGCAAAUGCCUACGAUGUAUACGAAGAAUUCGUAAAGCUUUAUAAUGAAUUUUCCGGAGUAUCUUACGAGAUUUUAGAACCUGAAGACACUGGAUUCACCGAUGAUAUGAAAAAGUUCAUAAAAAAGGUUGAAGAAUUCGACAGGAGACUAGCGAGUAUAUUUGACCAAGCAUUUCUCGAAUGCCAUAACGUCGAAAGCAUGUUCAAACUGAUAUGGAUUAUGGGAGCUAUUGCUCUGAGACCUAUAAUUUUGAGCCAACUGUGGCCAAAUUACGAGAGAUUGAUGUCCGAAAUGCAUGCUCAUAUGGACACUGUUAAGGUUUUAUUUGAUGAAAACUUUGAGAGACGAAGAAAAACUGGUUACAUGAAUGUCGACCAAUAUUUCCCUCCGGUUGCUGGAGCUUUGUGUUGUAUAAUGAAACUCAAGUAUCGAAUUGAACAACCUGUCGAGUGCACAAAACUCAUCGACCACCCUUUACUGUCCAGCCAAACCGCUCGUGAACUCAAAAUUAAAUAUGAAGAAUUACAAGUGUUACUAGAUGCCACAGAUCAGGCGAUAUUCGCGGAAUGGGCGGCGAUGGUCCCGGAAACUUGCGCUUUCCAUUUGGCGAAAUCAUUACUUACAAUUCUUGAAGACCUCUUGUUAGAACUGAAUUUCUCCCAGGAGCUAACUGCUAUUUUGAGAGAGACUCGUUACAUGAUAAUAAUGCAAAGGGCUGAUCUGCCGGAAGAAGCUAUGGAAUUAUUUUCCAGGACUGACUAUUUUUUUCAAAGCAAUUAUAACUUGAAUCUUAUCAUAAACUGGUACAACAGAAUACGAAGUUUUAGUGGUCCUGUAGAAUUUGAAUUAAUAAAAGAAGAAAUUGAGAACAUAGAUAUGCUAAUUGACCAAGGGCAGCAGAAUUACAAUUGGAAUUCUCUUGAGGUUCCGGAUUAUAUUGAAACCUUACUUUAUUCCGUGAAAAAAUUACACACUCGAGUAUUUCGAGCUCAAGAAAACGUAGAAAAAUUCAGCAAACUGAUUUAUUCCUGGGCAAUGAUGCCGGUAUUAGAUCGGAAGGAUCUUAGAGAUGAAAAUUUGCUUGCGCUAGCAGAAAGAGAGGAACGGUUCGAGAAGCGGUUUUCAGAUAUUGCCGCAGCAGCUGCAGAAAUUGAACGUGUAUUGCAAGAGAAUUACUGCCUAUUUUUUGACCUUUUACCCGAGUCUGAAUAUGCUAAAGAUGAUUUUGAACUUGAGAAGGGUAUGGGAUAUGAAAUAAAUUUCACUGAUAUUUUCGAUAGUACACCCGCCGGAAAAAGUAUCCAGCAGAUUAUCGAAGACGAAGGUGCAAAGUCAGUGGAUAAAGAUACGGGCACCAGACUAUCACUCUCGGAAGAUGCGGAGAAAAAAGAUGCGAUAGGAAUCCCUACUGGAUACAAAGAUGAAUUCCCGGAAACGUGGCCGCCCUAUUUAACUUAUAUCGACGAUUUAGUAUCGAAAGGUCUGAUCCAGGCAGUUUCCACUAGUAUAUGCUACAUUCUGGAUGAAACUGACCCUGAAGCACAAAUUUGGCCAUUGUUUGAAGUUCAACUUUUACUGCAAGAACCUGAUAUUACUUUUCAACCUCCUCUCGAUCUUGAAGACCCCAAAGGUUUUUAUAUUUUUUACGAGGAAUUAAUGUUUGACAUGAUGAAAAUGGGAACAUUGAUACCUCGAAUUGAUCCUGAAAAAGCUAUAGAACGUGAGCAUUACGGGUUUGAUAUGGCGGAAGAAGAAGGCAUAAUAUUUAUGUUAGAGGAGACGUGUAAUAGAGUGAAAAUGGCUCUCGCACAGGCCAGGGAGUUCGUAGUAGAAUUUGAACCGUAUUAUUGGCUAUGGAUGGAUGAUCGUCAAGAAUACUUGAAUUUAUUUUUACGCUUUGCUCGAAAUCUUACCGAGGAGGAAAAAGAACUGGUCGGCCAAGCACCCGAGAAUUUGUCGGAAUUCAUCAAGGAGAAGAAACCCGAAUUGACUGAUUUUAAGAGAGAAAUAGAUUACUUCGUCGAUCUCUAUAAAAAAUGUGACGAGAUUAACAAUGAAAGAGUUUUUUAUCGAUGGUUUAGAGUCGACAUGAAACCUUUCAAGCAGUCCUUACUCAACACCAUUUGCAAGUGGUCGAAUUUAUUCAAGACUUACUUGGUCGAUCGUGUAAACAAUGAUUUAGGGGGUUUAUCAGAAUUUUUAAAUGCAGCCCACACAAGGUUUACUCAACCCGUUCUAGAAGAUGAUUAUGAUGACUUACUGCAAACUAUCUACUAUCUCAAGGAAGUUAGAGAACGUCAAUAUGAGAUUGACGACAUGUUUGUACCUUGUCAGGAAACUAUGGAUCUUCUGAAACAGUACGAAGUUGAAUUUAGUGAUACUACGUACAGUGCACUUGUGGAAUUACCUGAACUGUGGGCCACGAUUAAGAAAUUAGCUGCUCAAGUUAAGCAAGUGGUGGCUCCAUUGCUCGCGCAUCAAAUAGAUCUUUUGAAAAAAAGAUUGAGUUACUUCGACUUUAGGCAGCAAAGAUAUCUGAAUAAUUUUCACAAUAAGGAUACGUUCGACUUUCAUUGCCAGGAUGUUUAUGAGAAGUUGAACAACACAAAUGAAGAGAUUGUGAAUUUGGAAAAUGAACUCAAAACUCUUACGGAAACGUCCAUAAUAUUUGAACAGCAAGUUCCCGAUUUUAAGCACAUAAAAUUGGCUAGAAGAGAAUUGAAAAUGUUAAAGUGUAUAUGGGAUUACAUUUUCAUCAUCAGAACAAGCUUGGAUGAAUGGAAAACUACUGUUUGGAAAAAGAUAGAUGUUGAAGCAAUGGAUCAAGAGUGUAAAAAGCUCACGAAAGAAUUGAGGCUGUUGGACAAGGACAUAAGAGCUUGGGAAUUGUACUCCCUGAUAGAAGCUUCGAUCAGAAAUAUGAUGUCGUCCUUGAGAGCGGUAUCAGAGUUGCAAAAUCCAGCAAUAAGGGAUAGACAUUGGCAGCAGUUAAUGGCUGAAACAAAUGUGAGGUUUACGAUGGACGACCGAACGACUUUGGACGAUUUAUUGAAAUUAGAAUUACACAAAUAUGAAGAAGAAGUAAAGAAUACAGUUGACAAAGCUGUCAAGGAAAUGGCGAUGGAAAAAACGUUGAAAGAAUUGCACAACACUUGGGCUGGUCUUGAAUUCGAAAAAGAAAUUCACGAGCGAACAAAACUCAACGUCUUGAAGAUCAGCGAAGAUACUAUCAUAAUUCUAGAAGAUAAUCAGGUUCAACUUCAAAAUAUGUUGGGUUCUAAAUACGUGGGCUAUUUCUUGGAUGAAGUCACUGACUGGCAGCGGAAGCUAAGUAAUGCAGAUGCCGUGAUUAAUGUUUGGUUUGAAGUGCAACGAGCGUGGAUGCAUUUAGAAAGUAUUUUCAUCGGGUCGGAGGAUAUUAGAAAUCAAUUACCCGAAGACUCGAAACGUUUUGAAAAAAUUGACAGAGAUUUUAAGGAUUUAUUGAGGGACACCUUAUCAACCAUGAAUAUAGUCCGAGCUACCAACAAACCGAAAUUGCUGGAACGUUUGGAAGAAAUACAGACACAAUUGAAUUUGUGUGAAAAGGCGUUGGCUGAUUACCUGGAAACGAAACGAUUGGCCUAUCCAAGGUUUUAUUUUGUCUCCCCAGCAGAUCUUUUGGACAUCCUUAGCAAUGGUAACAAUCCCGAAUUGGUCUGUAAACAUCUGACAAAACUUUACGAUUCGGUUGCAAAACUGAGGUGGAAAGGGGACGCAAGUGGGUCAGGUAAAAUUGCUAACGGUAUGUGGGCUAAAGAUGGGGAGUUCAUGGAGAUGCAUGGGAUAUGCGAUUGUAAUGGCAAGGUGGAGGUCUGGUUAAAUCGCGUAACAGACGCGAUGAGAAAGAGUGUGAGAUUUCAUUUCGGUCAGGCGGUAGUUUCAUACGAUGAAAAGCCGCGUGAAAGUUGGAUUUUUGAUUACGAGGCACAACCUGCUUUGUGUGGUACACAAAUUUGGUGGACGACAGAAGUGAACAUGGCUUUUGCGAGACUCGAAGAGGGAUUCGAAAAUGCUCUCAAGGACUAUCAGAAGAAACAAAUCAAUCAAUUGAGUCUACUAAUUUCAAUUCUUUGCGGUGAUCUAACGGAGAAUGAUCGUCAAAAGAUCAUGACCAUCUGUACGAUAGAUGUUCACGCGAGAGACGUCGUAGCUAAGCUGAUUUCAAUGAAGGCAGAAAGUUCAGCUAGCUUUCAGUGGCAGUCCCAGUUACGACAUAGAUGGGACGAAAAGUUAGGCGAUUGUUUUGCUAACAUUUGUGACGCGUGUUUUCAAUACGGAUAUGAAUAUUUGGGAAAUGUUCCACGCCUUGUGAUCACGCCAUUGACAGAUAGAUGUUACAUAACAUUGACGCAAUCCCUUCAUCUCAUAAUGGGAGGGGCACCUGCUGGCCCAGCAGGAACAGGCAAAACCGAAACUACCAAGGACUUGGGUCGUGCUUUAGGUCAGAUGGUGUACGUCUUCAAUUGUUCUGAACAAAUGGACUACAAGUCAUGUGGUAGCAUAUACAAAGGGCUCGCGCAGACUGGUGCUUGGGGCUGUUUCGAUGAAUUUAAUAGAAUUUCAGUAGAAGUAUUAUCAGUUGUAGCAGUCCAGGUCAAAUCGGUGCUCGAUGGUAUAAAGAAUAGGAAAAAGAAAUUUUUGUUCUUUGGAGAAGAGCUUAAUCUUAUUGACACGGUGGGUAUGUUUAUUACCAUGAAUCCGGGCUACGCUGGUAGGACAGAACUUCCUGAAAAUUUGAAAACAUUGUUCAGACCUUGCGCCAUGGUUGUUCCGGACUUUGAACUUAUUUGUGAAAUCAUGUUGGUCGCUGAGGGAUUCCAGGAGUCUCGACUUCUGGCACGAAAAUUCAUCACGUUGUACACAUUAUGUCGAGAACUAUUGUCAAAACAAGAUCACUACGACUGGGGAUUACGUGCUAUAAAAUCAGUUUUAGUUGUGGCUGGAAAAUUGAAACGUGGAGACAGACUCAUGCCCGAAGACCAGGUAUUGAUGAGAGCCUUGCGCGAUUUUAACACUCCGAAAAUAGUGACUGACGAUGUGCCAGUAUUCAUGGGUUUGAUUGGCGAUCUGUUCCCAGCGUUGGACGUUCCGCGCAAACGAGAUCUUGAAUUCGAGAAAGGAGUUAAAAAUGCUGCACUCGAUUUGAAAAUGCAACCAGAAGAUGGCUUCGUGUUAAAAGUUGUUCAACUAGAGGAGCUCUUCAACGUUCGUCAUUCUGUAUUUAUUAUAGGGUUCGCUGGCACGGGUAAAACUCAAGUGUGGAAGACCUUGAAUAGAACCUAUUUCAAUCAAAAACGGAGGCCAUACUAUAAUGACCUAAAUCCAAAAGCCGUUACAAACGAUGAGCUGUUUGGAAUCAUUAACCCAGCGACAAGGGAGUGGAAAGAUGGGUUGUUUUCUGUCCUGAUGCGUGAUCAAGCUAAUAUGCCUGGUGAUGGUCCGAAAUGGAUUGUGUUUGAUGGUGAUAUAGAUCCUAUGUGGAUUGAAUCUUUGAAUACCGUUAUGGACGAUAACAAGGUUUUAACACUGGCGAGCAACGAACGAAUUACAUUAACCAAGCACAUGCGACUUCUGUUUGAAAUUUCGAAUUUGAGGACAGCUACACCUGCGACAGUGUCCAGAGCUGGAAUAUUAUACAUAAAUCCUCAAGACCUGGGAUGGAACCCAUACGUCACGAGCUGGAUAGAGACCCGAGAUAAUUCGGAAAGGGCAAAUCUAGUGAUACUAUUUGACAAAUACAUUCCACCUCUCCUGGAAGUGACUAAAAUGAAACUUAAGAAAAUCACCCCUAUACCAGAAAUAUGUCACCUUGAAAUGUUGUGUACUUUACUUGAUUGUUUUUUGGUGAAACAGAAUGUUCCGCCAGAUUGUCCAAAGGAAUGGUACGAAAUCUAUUUUGCGUUUGCAUGCAUCUGGGCUUUCGGCUCGGCAAUGUUUCAAGAUCAAUUGAUCGAUUGGCGCAAUGAAUUCAACAAAUGGUGGCUCAAUGAAUUCAAAACGGUCAAAUUUCCUUCCGGUGGUACAAUUUUCAGUUAUUUUAUAGAAUCUGAAACUAAAAAGUUUUUACCUUGGAGUGAGAAAGUCGGGGAAUUCGAGCUUGACAUGGAUGUGCCUUUACAGUCUACGCUAGUUUCGACAGGGGAAACGGCUCGACUUCGUUUUUUCAUGGACAUGCUUAUGAAGAAAAGGGUGCCAGUUAUGUUGGUAGGGAGUGCAGGAUCUGGCAAAAGUGUGAUUGUUGCUGAUAAGUUAUCUUCGUUACCAGAUAACUACAAUAUUGCUAAUGUCCCUUUCAAUUUCUACACGACGUCAGAAAUGUUACAAAGGAUAUUAGAAAAACCACUCGAGAAAAAAACUGGGCGCAAUUACGGUCCCCCGGGGACUAAACUUUUAGUGUACUUUGUCGAUGAUAUGAAUAUGCCUGAAGUUGAUACGUAUGGGACCGUACAACCCCACACACUGAUCCGCCAGCACAUGGAUUAUUCUCAUUGGUAUGAUCGUGAGAAGUUGACAUUGAAAGACAUUCAUAAUACCCAAUACGUCUCAUGUAUGAACCCGACAGCUGGUAGUUUCACCAUAGAUCCUCGUCUUCAGAGACAUUUCGCAGUGUUUGCUGUCAGUUUUCCAGGGCAAGAUGCCCUACGAGUAAUUUAUAGCCAGAUCUUAUCCCAACACAUAGCCAAUCCGCUACAGAAAUUCAAUGUCACUAUUGGAAAAAUCGAGGAACAUCUAAUCGAAGCCGCUCUGUUUCUUCAUAAGAAGGUGUCGGUCACCUUCCUUCCAACAGCCAUCAAAUUCCACUACGUAUUCAACCUACGCGAUUUAUCGAAUAUAUUCCAAGGUAUCUUAUUUGCCAACGGAGAUACAGUACCAUUUUCUAAUAGUCUAAUUCGGCUCUUCGCUCAUGAAGCAACUCGAGUUUAUUGCGAUAAGCUAAUCAAUUUCGAGGAUAAGAAAUCUUUCGACAGUCUACUGACCGAAUCUCUUAGAAAAAAUAUUCCGGAAUUGGAAGAGUCAACUAUUUUUAACCCUCCCGUGAUUUACUGUCACUUUGCCGAAGGUAUUGGAGACCCAAAAUACAUGCCGAUCAAGGAAUGGCCUCAACUGACAAAGUUAUUGGAUGAAGCUUUGGAAAAUUACAAUGAUUUGAUAGCAGCGAUGAAUUUGGUCAUGUUCGAAGAUGCGAUGUAUCACGUAUGUCGCAUAAAUCGGAUAUUAGAAGCUCCGCGAGGUAACGCUUUAUUGGUUGGAGUUGGAGGAAGCGGGAAACAGUCCUUGUCACGUUUGUCAUCAUUUAUUUCAAGUCUCGAAGUAUUUCAAGUUCAGCUGCGUAAAGGGUAUUCCAUGAUCGAUUUGAAGGCUGAUAUAGCUUUGCUGUACAUCAAGGCUGGUCUAAAGAAUAUCGGAAUCACAUUUUUGAUGACCGAUUCCCAAGUAGCGCAAGAAAAGUUCCUGGUCGUGGUCAACGAUAUGUUAGCUUCAGGAGAAAUAUCCGACUUAUUCGCGGAUGAUGAAGUGGACAACAUAAUAAAUGGAAUUCGUGGCGAGGUCAAGCAAGCUGGUAUAAUGGAUUCAAGGGAAAAUUGUUGGAAGUUUUUCAUAAACCGAGUUCGGAGGCAGUUAAAGUGCGUUCUCUGCUUCUCACCGGUCGGGUCUACUUUGCGUCAACGAGCGAGACAAUUUCCUGCCAUCGUUAACUGUACUUCAAUAAAUUGGUUUCAAGAUUGGCCACAACAAGCACUUGAAUCAGUAUCCAGCAAUUUCUUACAAGAAUGCGAAGAUCUGCCACAGAUUCUCCGCACGCCCGUAUCGUUAUUCAUGUCGUAUGUUCACACUAGUGUGAAUGAAACAUCGAAACUUUAUCUACAAAAUGAAAAACGUUACAAUUAUACUACACCAAAAUCCUUCCUUGAACAAAUUGCAUUGUACUCUAAGUUGUUGGCAUCAAAAACCUACGAUUUGAGUGCUAUGAUUCUUCGUUUGGAAAAUGGUUUGACAAAAUUGGCAAGCUGUGCUCUUCAGGUCGAUGAUUUGAAAGUUACUUUAGCUGUCCAAGAGGUUGAACUGAAAAUAAAAAAUGAGGUAGCUGAUAAAAUAUUGGCAGAAGUGCGAGCUGAAAAUAGUAAAGCUGAGGCAGAAAAGGCGUUUGCUACUGAGGAAGAGGCAAAUGUCGCAGAAAUUAAAGUAAAGGUGGCUGAAAAACAAAAACGUUGCGAUGAAGAUUUAGCUAGAGCAGAGCCGGCUAUUCGACAAGCUGAAGCGGCUCUGGAUACUCUGAACAAAAACAACCUAACCGAGUUGAAAUCUUUCGGCACGCCGCCAGAUGCAGUUGCAAAUGUUGCCCAAGCUGUGCUUGUGUUGUUUUCUCCGAAAGGAAACGUUCCGAAAGAUAGAAGCUGGAAAGCAUGCAAAGUCAUGAUGGGGGCAGUUGAUGGUUUUUUGUCAAAUUUACGCAAUUACGACAAAGAAAAUAUCCCAAAUGAAGUAGUAAAGGCUAUUCAGCCCUACGUGACCGAUAAAGAUUUUGAACCUGAUUUUAUUGCGUCAAAAUCCCAGGCUGCCGCUGGUUUGUGCAGUUGGGUAAAGAAUAUUAUGGUUUUUCAUUAUAUUAACGAGAAUGUGAAGCCUUUGCGAGCUGCUCUCGCCCAAGCAAAUGCCGAAUUAAAGGCAGCGAUGGACAAGUUGAAUGCCUUGAGAAAUCGUCUAGCGGAGUUACAAAAAAUGUUAGAUGCUCUUGGCGAGAAAAUGGACAAAGCCAUGAGUGAAAAACAAAAAUGUCAAGACGAAGCAGAUGCAACCGCGCUUACAAUUGAUUUGGCAAACCGACUAGUCAAUGGAUUGGCAUCUGAAAAAAUACGUUGGGCUGAGACCGUCGAUCUUUUGAAAAACUCAGGGAAAACAAUCCCAGGAGACGUAUUACUCGUGACAGCUUUCAUUUCGUACGUAGGCUGUUUCACGCGAAAAUAUAGAACGGAUCUUAUAAAUAAUAUGUGGCUGCCGUUCUUGGACAAGCUAGAGCCUACAAUUCCACGAACGCCAGACCUUGAUCCUCUAUCUCUGUUGACCGAUGACGCUCAAAUUGCGCAAUGGAAUAACGAAGGUUUACCGAGUGAUCGUAUGUCAUCGGAAAAUGCGACCAUACUAACAAAUUCAUCGAGAUGGCCGUUGAUGAUUGACCCACAGCUUCAGGGUUUGAAAUGGAUAAAAACAAAAUAUGGAGAUGACUUGAAAGUGUUGAGAUUAACACAGAGAAACUAUUUGGAUCAAAUCGAAUGGGCAAUCGCAUCUGGUCAUACAGUCUUAUUGGAAAAUAUUAUGGAAACAGUUGACGCUGUUCUUGAUCCCUUACUAGGAAGAGUUCUCAUAAGAAAAGGGCGAGCAAUCAAGAUUGGAGAUAAAGAGGUGGAAUACAACCCAUUGUUCCGUCUUAUAUUACAAACAAAAUUAGCCAAUCCGCAUUAUAAACCUGAAAUGCAGGCACAAACUACUUUAAUAAAUUUCACAGUAACAAAAGAUGGUUUAGAAGAUCAGCUUUUAGGUGAAGUUGUAAAGGCUGAACGCCCAGAUCUUGAAAAUACAAAAGCUGAUCUGACCAAAACACAAAAUACUUUCAAAAUUACGUUGAAGUCUUUGGAAGAUGAUUUACUGCAGAGAUUGUCGUCAGCAGGACCGAACGUAUUAAGUGAUGCGGCUCUCGUCAUUAAUUUAGAAACUACUAAAAAAACUGCUGCCGAAAUUGAAAUUAAAGUCACUGAAGCGAAAAUCACUGCGGUCAAAAUCGACGAAGCUCGCGAGUGGUACCGACCAGCAGCAUCGAGAGCUAGUUUAUUAUAUUUCAUCCUGAAUGAUUUGAACAAGAUAAAUAUGCUUUACCAAUUUUCAUUGAAAGCCUUCAGCGUGGUAUUUCAAAACGCUAUAAAAUUCGCGGAACCCUGUGACGUGCUGAUGAAACGUGUGAUGUUACUCAUUGACAGUAUUACUUAUAUGGUUUUCAUGUACACCAGUCGAGGUUUAUUCGAGAGUGACAAAAUGAUUUUCCUGUGUCAAAUGACCGUACAGAUAUUAUUACAAACGAAAGAGAUUCAGCAAAGCGAAUUGGACUUUUUAUUACGAUUUCCUUACACUCCAAAUCUGACAAGUCCGGUGGAUUUUUUGAGUAACACGAGCUGGGGCGCGAUAAAAUAUUUGUGUGGUAUGGAAGAUUUCAAGAAUCUUGAUAAAGAUAUCGAAGGAGCCGCGAAAAGAUGGAAAAAAUUCGUGGAAUCUGAGACUCCCGAAAGAGAGAAAUUUCCACAGGAAUGGAAAAACAAAUCUGCUCUACAACGCUUAUGUAUGAUGCGGUGCAUGAGGAUCGACAGAAUGACUUACGCCGUUAGGUGUUUCGUGGAAGAAAAACUCGGUCCCAAAUUCAUUGAAUCUAGAUCUCCACCUUUUGAGAAAUCUUACGAAGAAACCAGUGCGAUCACUCCAGUAUUUUUUAUUCUCUCACCGGGUGUUGAUCCCCUCAAGGAUGUAGAAAAAAUGGGUUCUAAACUGGGAUUCACUUUCGACGGUCGGAAUUUCCACAAUGUAUCUUUGGGCCAGGGUCAAGAGCCCGUGGCGGAGGAAGCCAUGGACAUGGCUGCUCUGAACGGUCACUGGGUUAUUUUACAAAAUGUACAUCUUGUUAAAAAUUGGUUGGCCAAUCUGGAAAAAAAAAUGGAACAAUUGUCCGAAGAUCCACAUCCCGACUAUCGAUUGUAUAUCAGCGCUGAACCAUCGCCUGAUCCUCACGCAUGCAUCAUACCACAGGGUAUAUUAGAAUCUGCUAUAAAAAUUACCAAUGAACCGCCAACUGGAAUGCAUGCUAAUAUACACAAGGCGCUGGAUAAUUUUAAUCAAGAAAUCUUGGAUUCCUGUAGCAAAGAAAGUGAAUUCAAAGGAAUUUUGUUUGCGCUAUGCUAUUACCACGCGGUAGUUGCAGAACGUAGAAAGUUUGGCCCGCAAGGGUGGAACAGGACAUAUCCCUUUAAUGUGGGUGAUCUGACUAUCAGCGUUUCGGUCCUGCUGAAUUAUUUGGAAAACAACAAUAAAGUACCCUGGGAAGAUCUGCGCUAUCUUUUUGGCGAAAUAAUGUACGGAGGUCACAUCACAGAUGAUUGGGAUAGAAGAUUAUGUCGCACCUAUUUACUGGAAUAUCUACAGCCUGAAUUGGUCGAAGGGGAUCUUAAUUUGGCCCCAGGCUUUCUAGCUCCUCCAAAUUCUGAUUACAAAUCGUAUCACCAAUACCUGGAUGAUUAUCUACCGCCGGAAAGUCCAAUCUUGUAUGGGUUGCAUCCGAAUGCAGAAAUUGGAUUUUUGACCACUACGUCAGAGAGCUUAUUCCGAACGGUGUUGGAGAUGCAGCCAAGAGAUUCAGGAGAGGCCACGGGACCAGGUUUGUCGCGCGAGGAAAAGGUCAGGGGUGUGAUAGAAGAUUUAUUGGAUAAAUUACCUGAAGAGUUUAACAUUCCUGAACUGAUGAGUAAGGUGGAAGAUCGCACUCCCUUUAUUAUUGUGGCAUUCCAGGAAUGUGAACGAAUGAACAUACUUUGUGGAGAGCUUAAAAGAUCCCUUCGCGAACUCGAGUUAGGUUUAAAGGGUGAGUUGACUAUCAAUAGUGAUAUGGAGAAUUUACAAAACGAUUUGUUCAUGGACCAAGUACCGCCGUCAUGGACUAAACGAGCCUAUCCUUCGAGUCUUGGCUUGACAAAUUGGUUUGCCGAUAUGAUGAAUAGGGUGACGGAAUUGUCAAAUUGGACCGCUGAUUUCAAUCUUCCAUCUUCGGUAUGGCUCGCUGGGUUUUUCAAUCCCCAAUCAUUUCUGACAGCAAUCAUGCAACAGACCGCCCGUAAAAAUGAGUGGCCACUUGAUAAAAUGUGUCUACAUUGCGAAGUCACAAAGAAACAGAAAGAGGAGUUCACCGCACCACCCCGUGAAGGAGCGUAUGUGAACAGUCUUUACAUGGAAGGAGCACGAUGGGAUACCGCUCUUGGAACGAUAGCUGAUUCACGAUUGAAAGAACUGUUUCCACAGCUACCAGUGAUUUUCAUCAAGGCAAUAACUCAAGACAAGCAGGAAUUAAAAAAUAUGUACGAAUGUCCCGUUUACAAGACUAGAGGACGUGGUCCCACAUACGUCUGGACGUUUAAUUUAAAAAGCAAAGAUAAGCCUACGAAAUGGACUCUAGCUGGGGUUGCUAUAAUGCUGCAAAUUUGA